CAUUCACUUUGUGCAGCUUUUACGCACGCACCAGCCCCGGAGCGGCUCUCUCUGCAACUCACUCUGGAUUCACCUCAUCACAGCAGCUAUGGCAGCCAUGAUAAGAAACGAGGUUUUCUCCUGUUUUGUUUUCUACGGAGUGUUGCUGGUGGUCAAAAUGUACAUCUUAGCGAUUAUAACGGGGCAACUGAGGCUGCGUAAAAAGGCUUUUGCCAACCCUGAGGACGCGAUGAGACAUGGAGGUUUACAGUAUUACAGAGAGGACCCAUAUGUGGAGAGAUCCCGGAGAGCUCAUUGUAAUGACUUGGAAAACAUCCUCCCCUUCCUCUUCCUGGGGGCCGUCUACUCUUUGACCGGACCCUCGCUGGCCGUAGCCCGCCUCCACUUCCUCGUCUUCUUCGUGUGCCGCGUGCUGCACAGUGUUGCCUACCUGCUGGCCCUACAGGCACCGACCCGCUCCCUGGCCUACACCUUCGCACAGAUACCUUGCGUCUCGAUGGCCCUGCAGAUUCUCAUGGCGGUUGCAUCAUAUGCUUAAACACCCAUCGACGAGGGCCUGAGGUUGGCCUGUGUCAGAAAACAAACAGGAGGCGGAUACUGGGCAGACUCCUGGGACGGGGAUCGUAAAAAGACAAGAAUGCCAGAGUGCAAUACACUGCGAGGUGUGUGUGAUCACGCCUUCACUGGGUUUUGUGAGAUUUUGUCAGUAUUUUUGUUGUGAGAAUGUUUUAAAAGUUUAUUGAAGUUGACAUUUUGUAUUGUAUUUGUGUAUUUAAAAUGCAAAUGAAGGUUGUUGCUCAUCUUGUUGUUUCUUAAACCAGUUUUUGUUGAAGUUGACAAUGGAAUUUAAAACUCACAGUUGCAGACAUUUGGCUCAAACUUCUCGGGGAAUAUUUUCCAGCACUGCAUUGCACAAUGUGUUGAUCCCUCACCCCCUUUUUUUGUGUUUACAUACAACACAGGCCAACAUUCAUGUGAUCUCCUAUUCACGGCGGCCUCGUCGGUUUCCUGUGUGGAUAUUCCAUCUGUUGUGUUAGCGUUUGUUUGCAUUGCUACAUUCAACAAGACAUAAUGGAUCCUGGCAUGAUGAUGGACAACUCAGUUAAAUAGUUUUCAAGUUAGACUGUGUGUCUCUUUAAAAGCCUUUAAAGGAGUUGGAAAAACUAACACAGUUUGUACUGAGAAAUGUAACUUACUAGAACCUGCGGAGAAGCGCAUGUGAAAUAGUUCAUCUGUGAAAACAGCUUUUAAAAGUAUUGUGAUCGUAAUUUAUUAUUCACCGUACAUUUUGUAAGGAAUAAAUCAAACCGAGCCGACCCAUCCUUUAUUUGAACACAGUUAAUCCAGUAUCUGAAUCAUUUUAGGAGAUGGAUCAGUGUUUACUUUGCCUGGCUGUGCAGAGACAGUGUGCUGUAUUGUUAAGGGGUCGGGAGGCCCCACUUCCCUGUGCCAGGGUGAGAUGAUCCAGAGGUCUGCGGAACAGCUCCAGCAUUCCUCUGCUGAUUGUGUAAGACCUUUAGGCUGUGCUGUAUUCUUUUUCAUAUGCUGAGGGGCUGGACGGUGCUGGGAAGCCAUAGACUCCUGGGCACUCAUGCUUUUGUGCUGAAUGUGGUUACAGCUUGCUCUGAGUGUGUCACCGCAUUAUGAGCAUGACGUUUGCACAUUUUCACGUGCAUUUGGUUCCCAGAAACAAAUUUCCAAAUUGUAUUGCCGGUAAUCUCAUGUGUGACUUUCCCUCCAGUGAUGAUGACUAAACUUGGAAUUAAAGAGCAGCUAAGUUUU